GUUCGUAGCAUAAACCCUCUGAGUUGAAUUCCAACAGAGAAGAAGAAGAAAAAUAAAAAGAAGAUUGACAUCGUCUCAAGAUUACCUCCUGAUUUUAUCCCCAGUUGUGCUGUCAUCGUCUUCUUUGAUGUCUGAACAUGUAUGUACUUACGAUCACCUAAUUCAUCCGAUGUACAGAGAAAUUGUGGGUUUAAUUUAAGUUUUGAAAUUUGGGUGAUUUUACUCCAAUGAAAAUGAUGACUAUUUUCUCAUCUGGGUAUCCUUCUCCUUCAAUAAAACAUGGGUAAAUAUCUCUAUACUCUUCUACCCAAUUUCACUACUACUACUCGUAUGAUGAAAAUUCUCCAUUAUUCUACCAAAAACAAUCAUCCAGUUUCAGCAGAAAAGUUAGUUUCUUACUUGGAAGAAACCUGUAUAGAUAUCAGUUCUCUAAAAAAGGUUCAUGCUUCCAUUAUAACUUCAGGUCUAUUUAAAAACCAUGUCUUUUUAGGUUCUAAACUUUGUGUUUGCUAUGCAAAAUUUGAUAAAUUAACUGAAUCAAAAAGGGUUUUCAGCAGUAUUAUCAUAAACAACAGAAACAGGAACCCCAACAACAUAGAACUAACUUCUCUUUGGAAUUCAACUUUGGUUGGGUAUUUCAGAACUGGUCAUUUCAGUGAAGUGUUAAAAUUGUAUUGUGAUUUUAAGAACUAUUCUUCUGAUAAUAUUAACAUAGAUAGUUCAUCAAUCACAUUUGGUUUGAAAAGUUGUAUUGCGAAUGGAUCGAUACAAUUUGGAAGAGGGAUUCAUGUGGAUGCUUUGAAAUAUAAUUUACAUAAACAUAGAUUUGUGGGUUCUUCACUUAUUGGAUUUUAUUCAAAGUAUGGAUGUAGUAGUGAUGCCAGACAAGCGUUCAAUGAAAUAACUGAUAGAGACGUCGUUGUUUAUACAGCAAUGGUUACUGGGUAUGCUCAUAGUUAUGAUUGUUAUGAAGCUUUUGAAGUUGCUAGACUUAUGCAGGAGGAAGGUGGGAUAGAUCCUAAUAGGGUGCCUUUAGUUAGUUUGCUGUAAGCUGCAGCCAAUUUAAAAAUACGGAAAGAGGGUCGAGCAGUUCAUGGACAUGCUAUUAGAAGGAAAAUUGAUACUUAUGAUGAGAUAAUUGAGACUAGUCUCAUGGACAUGUAUAGUAAAUGUGGAGACUUGAAAAUGUCGCUAUCCGUAUUUAAUACAAUGAAUAAGAGAGAUAUUAGUUCUUGGAUGCAUUGGUUGCUACCCAUGUUCAAAUAGGUCAGCCGUACACAGCUUUCGAGCUGUUUCAGAUGAUGCAGCAGGAGGAUAUAAUGCCUGAUAUGAUCACUCUUGCGAACUUGCUUUCGAGCUGUGGUGAUCUGAAGUUCCUCCGUCAGGGCAAAAGCAUCCAUGCAUACCUAAUUCGCACAGAAGUUCAGCUGGAUUUAGUUGCAACCACUUCGUUGAUUGAAAUGUAUUUCAAGUGCAAUAGAACAAACCAGGGAAGGAUACUGUUUGAUCGGAUCGAAGCACAGGACGUGAUUAUGUUUAAUGUGAUGGUUUCCGGGUAUCUUCAAGCUGGGUUUACUGAUAAAGCUUUAGAAACAGUUCGUCUGAUGAUUGAAGCAGGUAAAACACCUAACCCUGCAACCAUUCUUAUUCUUCUUUCUUUGUCUGCAGACCUCAGAGAAAUGAAAAUUGGCAAGGAAGUCCAUGCUUACAUAGUUAGGCAAGGGAUUGGAUCAAAUGUCGAUAUAGCAAAUCAGCUUCUUUCCAUGUUUGGGAAAUUUGGGCGAAUUGAGAUUGCAAGACAAAUCUUUAACAGGAUAACAAGGAGAGACUUGGUUUCAUGGACAUCGAUGAUUACGAGUUACGCACAACAUGCGUAUACCAGCGAAGCACUAAUGUUAUUCCGGUUAUUAGUUCAAGAAGAAAGACUCCAGCCUGAUUUAGUCACCUUAGUAAGUUUGCUCCAGGCCGUUUCAGGGCUUGGGUGUUUAAUACUAGCAAAAGAGGUUCAUGGUCACAUAUACAGAAAUCAAUUAGAGAAAGAAAUACUUAUUAUCAAUUCCCUGUUAACAACUUAUGCAAAAUGCGGAAGCAUAGAUACUGCGGAACACCUGUUCAAGUCCGUUGUAAAGAAGAGUCAAGUUUCAUGGAACACCAUGAUUUCUGCUUUUGGGAUGUAUGGGAAAUGUUUAGAAGCACUUGACUUGUUUUAUCAGAUGCUUAAGGAAGGUUUUCAACCAGAUGAUAUCACAUUCACAUCAAUCCUCUCUGCUUGCAGUCAUGGAGGAUAUGUGGAAGAAGGAUGCCGUAUUUUCCAGUCCAUGGUGGAGAAACAUUCUGUUACUCCGAAUACAGAACACUAUAAUUGCGUGAUUGAUUUAUUUAGUCGGUCAGGUCAGCUCGAAGAAGCUUAUGGUCUUGUUCAACAUUUGCCACCAAGAGAAAGAAUUUCUGCAUUGGAUGCUUUACUAUCUUCUUGUAGAGUUUACAAAAAUAUGGAGGUCGGUGACAUUGUUGGGAGAGAAUUACUGAAGUUAGAUCCUAAUAACUCAGGUACGUACACCUUGUUGGGAAAUUUAUACGCAGAAGCUGGUAAAUGGGAUGCAGCGGCUAGAGUUAGAGAGAUUGCAAAGGCGAAAUCUUUGGCCCGGCAGUCUGGUUAUAGUAUGAUAGAGUCUGGAUCUGUUAAAUACUGUGACAGUCUCACAGCCUGAUCUGUCAGGAAGGGAUGUCAUUCUGUCGGUAUUCUAGGUCUUACUUGAUCAUCAUUACAAGAAAAAUCCCCAUCCCCAGCCGUGGUUUCAUUUGAUAUAGGAUUAUUUCUGUGGAGUACCGCAACUGCAACAUGAUAGUUCAUCGAGAUCUUAAGCCUGAGAAGUGAGAACCUGCUUUUGUUUCAAAAUACAAUGUGAAACUUGCUGAUUUUGGCUUGAGCCGAUAUCACGCGUGAGGGUCAUUUCAAAAAAACAAGUUGUGGAAGCCCGAACUAUGCUGCCCCCGAGGUGCUAUCUGGAAAACUAUAUGCUGGGCCUGAGGUAGAUGUCUGGAGUUGUGCUGUUAUUGGACGACGACCAAAGGGAGGAGUCCCUUAGUGAUGAAAAAAUGGGUGAAAAUUAUAGUCACCAAGUAAUUAUGAGCUGGAGAAAGGGAUUUGAUCCCGAGGAUGCUUGUGGUUGAUCCCGUGAAGCGAAUGACCUUUCCUGAGAUUUGUCAGCAUCCAUGGUUCCAAACUCAUCUUCCACGCUAUAAGCUAUUUAGUUUUUCCUCCACCAGACACAAUGCAACAAGUAAAGAAGGUAUUCACAUAUGAUAGAUUGGUUUUUUAUGGUCUAAAAUAUGAUUAUGGUUUUCGUUUUUGUUCCUAUGCGUGUAACAAAAGGGGAUUUACAUUGGCUACCAGCAAAAGGGGGUUUACAUUGGCUUAUUACUGCCUCAGUUUAAAAUAAUAUCCAUCAUAUGUGUAGAGCACAAUUUGAGAUGUCUUAUACUGAUUUUACUUGAUCAUUCCAAAGAUAAAAAGAUAUAGAGAAUGCUGGUCUGUGGCCAAUUUUGUGAUUAACCGGGUUCCUUUACGAUCGAUGACACCACCACCUGUCACUGCAAAUGAUUACUGGUUGGUAUGAAAAACAUGCGCAGAUUCAAUGCAUCCAAAUUUACAAAUUCAAAAAGUUAAUCAUACAUUCAAAUGUUUCCAACAGUUGCUGCUUCUAAGCAAAAUGUGAUAAGAAAUCCAAGUUGCAUACAUCUCUGUAUGGUCUCAAGUGCAAAGGCUCUUGUGGAAAGGUUAAAUUGGACAUUUUCGUCACAAAAUGCGAAAAUCUCCGGCUUUGAGCGUUGGCCUACUACGUCCAUAGUCAAGGCCGCCGCAAUUUGCACAUGCAGUUUUGUGGAGAACAUCCAUAUAAGGCAGUACCAUUGGACGGUGGUCAAGUUGUUGCUUGCAUCAACACGCAUGCUGCACGCAGGAAUUUACUGGAAAAGGGUGACAUUGCAAAGUUGAACGAAUGGCUUGUCAAUUAAGUUCUAAUUAAUGAGUCAGCAGUUGCCAUCUUUCUUCAGCAUGCCGAUGGCACCUACGUAGUCAUGAUCACUUGACUUUACAAGAUUCUUCUGUUGCAGCUCUGGAGAAACUACC